GACGCACGCGAUCCGAUUGCAUUUUGUUUCGAUCAAACGACGCGCGCGCAGCCCUCCGUCGUGCUGAGAAAAAAAAAACUUUUUGAUUUUUUUUUCAGCUUCCAAUUUUGAAAAGUGAAGUGGUGUGAAUACUUCUUAGAUUGGACUUAUUUUAAGAGUGAUGAGCAGUAUGAACGGUGUCAAUUCAACACUCGAGAUGUCGUUCGUGGACUCAUACAAAAAUUUCAUGCAAAGAAAUAGCGAUCCCAGGACAGAAUCAUGGCUGCUAGUGUCAGGCCUGGGCCCGCUGCUGACGAUCCUGGCUUCGUACCUGUAUUUCUGUACUUCAGUCGGCCCUCGCUACAUGAGGGACCGCAAACCUUACAACUUGAAGAACAUCAUGAUAGUGUACAACAUCUCGCAAAUACUGCUGAGCAUCUUCUUGGUUUAUGAGGGUUUGGUCUCCGGCUGGUGGAACGACUACAACUUCUCUUGCCAACCAGUGGACUACUCAGACAAUCCAAAGGCCUACAGAAUGGCGGCAGCUGUAUGGUGGUACUACAUGGCGAAAAUCAUUGAGCUGCUCGACACUGUAUUCUUCGUGCUUAGGAAGAAGAACAGGCAGAUUUCCUUCCUUCACCUGUACCACCACUUCAUGAUGCCCAUCUGUGCCUGGAUCGGAGUCAAGUUCUUGCCUGGUGGUCACGGCACUCUUCUCGGUGUGAUCAACUCCUUCAUCCACAUCAUCAUGUACACCUACUACCUGAUCUCUGGUCUUGGACCCCAGUACCAGAAAUUCCUUUGGUGGAAGAGGCACCUUACUACGAUGCAGUUGAUCCAAUUCUGCAUAAUCUUCUACCACAACUUCACCGUGAUGUUCUGUGAUUGCAACUACCCGAAGUUCAUCAACUUCCUCCUCUCUUUGAACGCUGGUCUCUUCUUGUACAUGUUCGGUAACUUCUACUACAGAAACUACGUCAAGAACAAUACUACUACCAACACUGAAAAACCAAAGGAAGUCACAGCGAAUGGCAAGACGAAAGAGUGUUAGCGAAUAUUAUAAAUUAGUAAGAUGUAAUUUAAGCAUAGCUCAGGGAGAUCAGCCGUAAGCUCUGUUGUAAAUAACGCUUGUGAGACAGGAUUAAGUGGUUAGGUUACCAAAUGUACAAUUUCUUUAGAAGCAUUUUUUGGUAGAAUUUGAACGACCUUAUUAGUACCAUUAUGUAUAAGCAAAUGAUGUCUGUAAGUAUAUAAAUGAUGGAUCAAGUUGGUCAUUGCGAUUUUUAAAUAGUAAAAUCUGCUUACAUUAUUGAUACUGAUAAGGUCGGAGAACUGUGCUGCCGUGCUAGCAAAUUAGCAGUAACUCCAUUUUUUUGCUAAAACUAUGAUGAGCUCUAUUUCAGAUGAGCUGACAGGAGUUUUUUAAAGCAAUAUAUUGGAGUUCCUGACGAUAUUGCUAGCACGGCAGUGUAGUGUGGUGGCUCUUCUCUUUGCGCUGUGAUCUAGUUAGUUCAUUUACUUGUAAGAUAUUGUGAUAGUUCUUGUUAUAAGCCUUGGUUAUGACGUGUACAUUUUGUUUAAUAUAGACGCUUCCUUGGUGAUCUGUUCAUUAAUUAUAAAUGCGUGCGAAUAGGUAUAAGUAUAAUAAUAAUUAUAAAUUCUUCUUUGUCGAGAAGAAUGGUAAUUAUAAACUGUUGGAUUGUAAAUUGAAAUGGAAUUACAAUAUAAUUAUGACAAUUGCUGGGUUGUUAAUUGGAAUGGAAUUAUUAUUAUGAACGAGUAUAUCAAGUUGUAAAAUGCCCUUUCUAUUAAUGGAUUUCACAAUUAUUUUUGAGUUCUUUGAAUUGUACAUUUUCAUCGACUAAAAUGUUUUAAAGUUUUUUCGUGAUUUUAUAAAAAUAAUCAUGUGCCAUUUGUGUAUUCUUUUAAGAAAUUAAUCGCAAUUUAUAAUAUUUUAGAAUGAAAUAUGGUCAGUAUAUUUAUUUUAAGGAUCUCUGUCUGUUUUAUUUGUUUGAUACAGGUUUGAAUUUAUGAUACGAUGAUGGUGCAGUACAGAAUUUACACAAUGACGAGUGUCAAGUUUAUUCAUUUAGAGAAGAUUCAGGUUUAGUUGGAAAAUUUUUGUGGUGUUUUUAACUGUGCAAUAUAAGAAAAUCUUUCAUGUUAUAGUAAUUUUGGUUUUUGCGUUUCCACCUGCGUUAAUAAAUUUAACAGUAUGUAGGUACUAUUUUUAUGAAAUUAUUUCAACUAAACAUCUAAAAUCUUAUUUACCUACAAGAAAACAGCAUUGAUACAUUUUAUUAGUAAUCCAUUUUAUGCGUACCUAGCAGAUAUUUAUGAAAGAUUACCUUGAUUAAAAAUAAUGUUCACUGUCCAUCUACAUAUUGUAAGUAAAUGCAAUAUUAAAUGCAGCUAUCAAUAAUUGAAUAUGUAAAUAAUAAUGUGAGAAAUGGACAAUAAAACAAACAUAUCCUACUACCCACACAAACUAAAUAAGACUUGUUAUACAUUAAGAAAAUGAAAUAUAAGGGUAUUUCUAUA